GCGGGCGCGCUGGCCAUGCUCCUGGACGCGGGGCCGCAGUUCCCGGCCAUCGGGGUGGGCAGCUUCGCGCGCCACCAUCAUCAUUCGGCUGCGGCGGCGGCCGCCGCGGCCGCGGAGAUGCAAGACCGCGAACUGAGCCUGGCGGCGGCGCAGAACGGCUUCGUGGACUCGGCGGCCGCUCAUAUGGGCGCCUUCAAGCUCAACCCCGGGGCGCACGAGUUGUCCCCGGGCCAGAGCUCGGCGUUCACGUCGCAGGGCCCCGGCGCCUAUCCCGGCUCCGCCGCGGCCGCCGCCGCUGCCGCCGCGCUCGGGCCGCACGCCGCGCAUGUCGGCUCCUACUCCGGGCCGCCCUUCAACUCCACCCGGGACUUCCUGUUCCGCAGCCGCGGCUUUGGCGACUCGGCGCCCGGCGGCGGGCAGCACGGGCUGUUCGGGCCGGGGGCCGGCGGCCUGCACCACGCGCACUCGGACGCGCAGGGCCACCUCCUCUUCCCCGGUCUCCCGGAGCAGCACGGGCCUCACGGCUCGCAGAAUGUGCUCAACGGGCAGAUGCGCCUCGGGCUGCCCGGCGAGGUGUUCGGGCGCUCGGAGCAGUACCGCCAGGUGGCCAGCCCGCGGACCGACCCCUACUCGGCGGCGCAGCUCCACAACCAGUACGGCCCCAUGAAUAUGAACAUGGGGAUGAACAUGGCAGCGGCCGCGGCCCACCACCACCACCACCACCACCACCCUGGUGCCUUUUUCCGCUACAUGCGGCAGCAGUGCAUCAAGCAAGAGCUCAUCUGCAAGUGGAUCGACCCCGAGCAGCUGAGCAACCCGAAGAAGAGCUGCAACAAAACUUUCAGCACCAUGCACGAGCUGGUGACCCACGUCUCGGUGGAGCACGUCGGCGGCCCGGAGCAGAGCAACCACGUCUGCUUCUGGGAGGAGUGUCCGCGCGAGGGCAAGCCCUUCAAGGCCAAAUACAAACUGGUCAACCACAUCCGCGUACACACCGGCGAGAAGCCCUUCCCCUGCCCCUUCCCGGGCUGCGGCAAGGUCUUCGCGCGCUCCGAGAACCUCAAGAUCCACAAAAGGACCCACACAGGGGAGAAGCCGUUCCAGUGUGAGUUCGAGGGCUGUGACCGGCGCUUCGCCAACAGCAGCGACAGGAAGAAGCACAUGCACGUGCACACCUCGGAUAAGCCCUACCUGUGCAAGAUGUGUGACAAGUCGUACACGCACCCCAGCUCCCUGCGGAAGCACAUGAAGGUCCAUGAGUCCUCCCCGCAGGGCUCCGAGUCCUCCCCGGCCGCCAGCUCCGGCUACGAGUCGUCCACGCCCCCGGGGCUGGUGUCGCCCAGCGCCGAGCCCCAGAGCAGUUCCACCCUGUCCCCGGCGGCGGCUGCGGCGGCGGCGACAAACCUCCCCUUUGCCUCCCUCCACGCCCCCUUCCCUCCCCACGCCUUUCCCAGUCUUCUGACAAGCUGUGUACAUAGCGGACUCCUUUCUUCUCCGAGCUUGCUCAAGGCAUCCUGCUUAUCUGCCCAGCUACUGCUCACCCAUAAGUGUGAUGUUCAAGGGAGGAAGGUGACAAAUAGACUACACUUUGAUUUAGGAAAACCACCAACCAUCGGCCCCCACCAACCAUCGGCCCCCAAUAAAAGAGAACUUCUUCAAGAAUUCCGUGAAAUCAAACAGAAUAAGCUGCAGAGAUGGAAACGGCCAGGUGGAAGAAAUAAAACUGGGAAGGGGCCUGGCCCCAAGGAGGACCACAGCCCGGGAUUGGUCUCCUGGUCCAUCUUAGGAUGUGAGGGGCGGAGAGGGGCGGCUUUCCAACGAAACAUCCCUCGGUUCUCCAGCCCUUGCGUCCCACCGCUCUGUCCAGACAAGUCAGACCUUACGGUGGGACCGGGUCUCGGCCUUUCACGUCGGCCCUACGCGUCCCGGACACUGGAUGGGGGAGAGGGAUACUCAGGGUGUGAGAGCAUCAGAGAUGGGCGCCGGGGGCAGGCCGCCCAAGAUCCUGCAUGUCCCCGAGGUACCUGGGUUUGGGGUGGAGGAGGGGUGCAGGCGCCCUCACCCCUCCCCUGCCUAAACGGACCCGAAUCUAACCUGCCCUCGCCUGGCCUCCGGAACCACCGAACGGAGCCCAGUCUCUGCGUCCCCUCAGGGGAACCAGAGCUGCACCCGUGGCUCGCUGCCCGCAGGGACCGGGUCAGGGGCUGGGGUGGGGUGGGGGACACGUUUCUGCGAGUCAACGCCGUCAACUUGAACUUUAGAUCUCCCAAACUCGCUCCCUUGCGGCAGCGCUCCAUCCACCACCACCGAGUAAAACUCCUCGCCGCGCGAGACUCGCUUUAUCUGAAGACAGCUGCAGCCCCCUCGGGAGAAACCCAUCGUUAUUAUUAUUAA